GCCAGGUUGACUCGUGUGUGUUCACCGGUUGUGUGUGAACAACCAUCUACCUCCCAGCCAGUUUUUCCAAGGUCUCUAUGCCUCCAAGAAAGAAAGCUGCUGCUGCUGCUGAUGGGGAUGCCCCUGCUCCCACGCGGUCGAGCACACGCACCAGGAACGCCGCCGCCGCUGUAGCGGCCCCAGCGCCCAAGCCUGCCUCCAAGCCCAAAUCCAAACGCGCACGAGAGGCGUCAGAUGAGGAUGAGGAGGACGAGGAGGAUCCACCUGCGCCUCCCAAAAAGCCGGUCAGCAAGCGGGCCAAGAAGGUGUCUCAAGACGACGACAACGACGACGAUGAGGACGAGGACAGCGCUCCAGCCAAAAAGCCCGUGAGCAAAAAGCCUGCGAGCAAGAAACUGGCCAGCAAGAAGCCCGCGAGCAAGAAAGCUGCUGCCAAGGCUGCUGACGACGACGAGGACGUCGAUAUGGAUCCGCCUGCGAAGAUGGUCACCGUCGUGAAGCGCGGUCGAGCCCCUGUUGACCCCAAGUCGGGCAAAGUCAACACACAUCAGGUCUAUGCGGAUGAGACCGUCUGGGAUGCCAUGUUGAAUCAAACGAACGUCGGGGCCAACAACAACAAGUUCUACGUCCUCCAGCUCUUGCAUCCGAUCGGAAAUGCGUCCCAGGCGAUGCUUUACACGCGCUGGGGACGUGUUGGUAUAGACGGAUCGACUCAGAUCAAGGGACCGUGGCCUGUGGCUACCGCGAUCAACGAGUUCAAGAAACAGUUCAAAGCGAAGGCGGGUGUGGACUGGGAAGACCGUGUGGGCAUGGUCACCAAGAAGGGCAAAUACACUUGGCUCGAGCGCGACUACGGCGAUGAAGAUGAAGAGGAAGGUGAUUCGUCGGGCAAGAAGAAAGGAAAAGGAAAAGAUAAAAAGGAGAAGGGUCCGCCGCCUGCAUCGACGCUCAAGACUGAAGUCCUGGAUCUGUGCAACAUUAUAUUCUCCACUGCGAUCAUCGACGCGACUCUUUCGUCUAUGAACUACGACGCUAACAAGCUGCCACUCGGAAAGCUUGCGAAAGCUACCAUCCUGAAAGGUUUUGCAGCUCUCAAGACUCUGUCUGAAGUCAUCCAGACGCCGAACGGCCAGGUUGCUCAGGCUCAUGGUGGAUUUUCUGCCGCAUGUGAUACCCUCAGUGGCGCCUACUAUUCGAUUAUUCCCCAUGACUUCGGUAUGAGACGUCCAGUGUCGAUCAACACUAAGGCUUUACUCGAAAAGGAGUUGGAAUUAGUGGAUGCCCUUGGUGACAUGGAAAUCGCUUCCAAGCUGAUGGAAUCCAACGACGACGAAGACGAGGAAGGAAAUGCCAUUCACCCUAUGGACGCGAACUUCCGCUCGCUGGGUUUGACCGCCAUGGAUCCCGUCGAUCGCACCAGCACCGAGUUCACGAACUUGGAGAAAUACAUGCGAGACACCCACGGCCAAACGCACGGCCAUAUCAAAGCCAGUGUCAUCCAUGCGUUCAGGGUCGAGCGCGCCGGGGAGUCGGACCACUUCGUGCAGGCCGGUCACGAUCAGUUGCCGGAUGGCGAGCGGCUGCUGCUGUGGCACGGCAGUCGAAGCACUAAUUUCGGUGGAAUCCUUUCGCAGGGACUGCGUAUUGCGCCGCCGGAAGCACCGGUCACGGGAUAUAUGUUCGGCAAAGGCGUGUAUUUUGCGGAUAUGAUGUCUAAAUCCGCUGGAUACUGCUGCUCAUACUUGAGCAACGGCGUUGGCCUCAUGCUGCUAGCUGAAGUCGCCGCCAAGCCAUUCUACGAGCGCACGACUGCUGUAUGCCAUUGGAAUCUCCCUUCCUCUUGUCCUGUACUAAGUGUAUUCAAGGAAUAUGACGCCGACAAAGGCUGCAAGAAGGCCAAAAAGCUUGCAACAAAAGGCCUGGGAUCAACUCAGCCCGGAGACUGGAAGGACGCCGGAGAGGCGCUCGACAACGACGCGCUCCGAGGCGUCCACAUGCCGGAGGGCAAGCCCGUGGACUCGCCGAUAGCUGGGGGCCACCUGCUGUACAACGAGUACAUCGUGUACGACACCGCCCAGAUCCGGCUCAAGUAUCUGCUCAUGGUGCAGAUGUAGUUGUUCUUCACUUUGGUUAGAGGCGAAUUCGCCCACUUUGCUUGUUAAAACGUCUUUUGUGUCUGUACUUACGGCUCUGUCAAUUUGUGUGCACUUGCGCCUUGUUCC